UUGCCCUCAGUACGAACGCAGGCUUGCGACCGACCGGGUGCGCAUACGUGUAGAUACGACGCUUCCCUCGACCGAAUUUCCGUACCGUUGCUCGCCCUCGCUAGGAAGAGAAAACGAACGUACGAAAAAAAAAGCAAAACGAUCGAAAAUUGCCGUGCCAUUUUAAACGUGAAACAAAUUAAAAAAAAACGAAAUAAUUGUGAAUAUAUCAAAUCAACAAAGCGAAAAGAAAGUGUCACAUUUAAAACCAACAGACACAGACGCAGAAGGGCAGUGGUGCAGUGAAAAGGAGUCAUUUAGCUAGAUGAAAUCCUUUGCAUGCGUGUGAAAUUCGAUAACACUCACUUUACAUACACGCACACCCACGCACUUGGUUUGUUUUUUACUCUUCUUCUUGUGGCGGAUUCGGUUUAAGUCGCCCUUUACGCCUUUUAAACGCAAAUCGGGUUUGUGUGUUGGAGCUGAAAUAAUCUCUUGCGCAAAGUGUGUGGAUGUGUGUGCUUCCCGGCUUAUCCCCUGUGAAACCGAGCCUAACAACAAACCGGUGUGCCAGUUGGUUGUGUUAUCAAAGUCGAGCAAGUUGAUCCGUGCCCCGCUCGUUGGCUGUUGACGAGGACGAAUAUUCGAAUCCGAAGUUCGCACAGCAGAGAUUAAGCGAUUUUUGGGAGUGAAACAAUUGUGCGUCUGUGCGUCUGAAUCCGCUCAAAGGAAAAUAAAAUAAAAAAGGAGCAAAUUGCUGCGUGCAAUUAACCUGAUCCAAGUAGUCGACGACAAAGUGUGCCCGUGAGUGCAUGAGUGUUUGGCUCUGUCAAUGUGUUGUUGUUGACACACAGCGUGUGUGUGUUUUUUUUGCGAAUAAAGUUGUGCGCGAUCCUUAUUGAGUGCAAAAAUGAUCGAAAACUUCGAGUCCAAGAUUACCUUCGAAAUACCGACCAAUCUCGACUUUGACAAGCUGAUCCGGGGCAACAACUACACACUGUUCUGGCAGAACCUGCACCAGCAGCAGCAGCAGCAUCACUACCAGGGCACCGUUGCCAGCGGUGCGGCAGCCCGGCUGGCCGCCGUCGGUACGGCCGGCGCGUCGGCCGCCACCGCAGCCGCAGCGGCCACGUUCGGCGGCAUGGGCUCGGACGGCGGCAGCCCGUUCGGCGGUGGGUUCGGUUCGUCCGGCUCGAGCCUGUUCGGGGGCAUCGACUACAGCAACGGCAGCAGCGACUACGGCCUGCUGAACAGCCUGCAAACGUUCGCGAACCGGGGCCGGGAUGGGCUCGGGGUGGGCCCCGGCACCGAGCAGAUGCUCGACCCGACGUACGAGCGGUUCAUCGGUGACGUCUGGGUCGGCAUCGUGCUCACGCUCAUGAUCCUGUCGUCGAUCUUCUGCAUGUGCUCCUGCUUUCUGUAUCACAAAUUUCGCCAGUGGCAACGAAACGUACUGACGGCACGCUCGCAAACACUUUCCUCGAUGGACAUCGAAACGCCGCCCCCGUACGAUGCGGAAUCGCUGCCGAGCUACACGAUCGUGUCCGGGCUGCCCAGCUACCAGGACGCGAUCGAGCAGCUGAAGCAGAAGCAGAUGAAGUACUACGAACCGGUCAAGGUGCAUCGGCCCUCCGUCAUGAAGCUGUUCGAGUCGCAGGAUCUCCUCAGCCAGCCAGCAACGCCACCGGCACCAUCGGCACCAGCCCAGCCAACCCCCGCCAAGCUGGAGGAGAUCCGGUACAACUUCGUGCGCCCGCUCUCGGUACAGGACGGCGUGGGUCCACUGCCGGAAGCAACCACUAGCAGCAGCAUCAUCACCACUACGGGCCCAACCGUUCUUCCCGCCGGUUCAUCGCAGCAUCCAGCAGCGUCGCAGCCACUGCCACCGCCACCACCGUACAAGAGUCAAAUCUCCACCAUCUCGACCGCCUCGUCUGCAGCUGCGGCCGGCGUCGGUGGUGUGGUCGUUGGCAGUAUGGUGGUAGAGCUGCCGGCCCAACACGCCCCGGUGGUCCCGAUGGUCACCACCACGGUCCGGUUGCCGCAGAAGAAGCCGGCCAGUGCGAGCAUUUGCCAGUACACGAUCGAGCACGAGCGACCGGCGGCCGGGGGAGCGCGCAGUUGAAGAACCGAACGGCUCCGGCUAGCCACCAUGCGGUACACUGCGCGAGUGGACUAGGAUACUAAAGGGAUAGAUACAAAACGGUGCAGCAAAAAACGCAAACGCUCGAGAUGAUUACAAAUCACUGACUGUGUUAUUAACGAUUAAUUUAUAUAGAUAGUAAACGUA